CAGAAGGGAGAAUGCUCGAGGCCCGGCAGCUUUUAGCUUCGGGAGAAAGACCUCAGCGUUGAAGCUGGCUCCGACACCGAUGAGCUAAAGACUUGGGAGAGGGGCAUGCCUUGGAGUGGACGGAAGAAGGGCUGGGUGGGUUGACAGGUGGUGCAAGCAGAGAGACCCCAGGAAACCUCGCAGAGUGGGGGCGGAACGCGAGUUAAAUAUGGACUCAACCUUACAGGCAUAAACCCCUCCCACGCAGUCUUCCCAUUGCCCUUCCCUAACCCGGCCACAGGCUCCCAGGCUCCCGACUGUCCCCAAACGCACGGGGUGUGGCCAUUAGCCAUCCUCCCCCGAGCCCUUCACGACAGCUGCGGGGCACAGUGCUCAGGGCGCGGGGCCCGCUCCUCCCCCUGCGCCGGUGGGGAUCUCAAGGCGAUGAGCAGCGGCCCGCGGGGGUGCUGGGUCCCUCCUAGUCCCCUACCCCCCACCCCGGCCGGCCAGGCAGGGGAACUGCUCUCCGGGGGCUGCAGAGCCACCCACCUGCCCUGGCCCCCGCAACUGGGACCCCUAGAAGGGAAGGGUGGAGUGAAAGAAGGUUCGGGAAGAUCUCGGGGCUGGCUAGUUUUGGAGACGCCGAUAAAUCACCCCCCAUCCCCACCCCCGAGCCUGGUCCCUGGAGGGGCGGCCUCUCCCCGCCCCCGGCCGCGCGGCCCGCUCCCUCCUCCCGCGGGCAGGAGCCCAGGCCAAGUGGGCGCGCCCGGCCCGGGGCGGCCGGGAUCCGGUGUCGGCUGCAGCUGGCAGUGCGGCGGGCGCGGGUGCGGAGCGGGCGGCCGGCAGGCCGGCUAUUAAUAACGCGGCCGCCGAGCCCGGGGUCGCUCAGCCAUGGCCAGCCCGGAGCCCCGGCGCGGCGGGGACGGCGCCGCCCAGGCCGCGAGGGAAACAGAAGCAGAGGCCAGUUCUCCUCUUCAGGAGGAGGAGAACUCUGAAUCCCUGGAUGAGGCGGGGACCUUGAACCCAGAAGUUACUCUAUCUUUGGAGGGGACCUUGAGUUUAGAGGACAUUCUGUACCUGGGGGACACGGAUGACUUUGAUGAGACACUGUUCGUGGAAGAGACUGAGAGGCCUGAGGAGACACUGUAUAUUGAGGAGACCAGACAGCCAGAUGAGGCGCUGUAUGUGGAAGAGCCUGUGAAGCUGGAGGAGACACUGCACGUGAAGGAGGCUGUGAAGCCAGAUGAGAUACAGUUUGUAGAAGAGCCCGUGAAGCCAGAAAAGACCACAAGCCCAGAGCAGCUUGUUUAUGGGGGCGAGACAGUUACAAGUGAAGAGAAACCUAACCCUGAGGAGAGCCUCAGAGCCGGGCCUACGCCCAGCACAGAGAGCCUCAGCGUCGAGGACCUGGAAUUGCUAGAGGGCCGUUUCCAGCAAUGUGUCCAAGCUGUGGCCCAGCUGGAAGAGGAGAGGGAUCAGCUCAUCCAUGAGCUUGUGCUGCUCCGGGAACCCGCCCUACAGGAGGUGCAACAAGUCCAUGAGGACAUCCUGGCUGCCUACAAACUGCAUGCCCAAGCAGAACUGGAGAGGGAUGCGCUGAGGGAGGAGAUCCGGCUGGUCAAGCAGAAGCUGUUCAAGGUGAUGAAGGAGUGUGUGGCCUACCAAUACCAGUUGGAGAGCCGCCGGCAGGAUGUGGCCCAGUUUGCCGAUUUCCGGGAAGUGCUGACUAAACGGGCAGCCCAGCUCUCGGAGGAACUGGCCCAACUCCAGGAUGCCUAUCAGAAGCAGAAGGAGCAGUUACGGCAGCAACUAGAAGCACCUCCAAGCCAGAGGGACGGGCACUUCCUCCAGGAGAGCCGGCGGCUCUCUGCCCGGUUUGAGAACCUCAUAGCAGAAAGCCGCCAGGGCCUGGAGGAGGAGUAUGAGCCUCAGCUGCUGCGGCUCCUAGAGAGGAAAGAAGCUGCUGCCAAAGCUCUGCAGAAGACGCAGGCCGAGAUCCAGGAGAUGAAGGAGGCUCUGAGACCCCUGCAAGCGGAGGCCCGGCAGCUCCACCUGCAGAAUAAGAACCUGGAGGACCAGAUCACGCUUGUGAGGCAAAAGCGAGACGAGGAGGUGCAGCAGUACAGGGAACAGCUGGAGGAAAUGGAAGAACGACAGAGGCAGUUAAGAAGUGGGGUGCAACUCCAGCAACAGAAGAACAAAGAGAUGGAGCAGCUAAGAAUCAGCCUUGCUGAAGAGCUCUCAACUUACAGGGCUAUGCUACUCAAGAGCCUGGAACAGGCUAACGCUCCCACUUCUCAGACAGGUGGAAUCGAGACACAGUCUCAAGGUGAUCCUUGUGGGUACAAGAGUGGUGUUUGCAUCAUUGCUGCUUUCCUAACAAUACUAAUGCCUUAAAAAAAUUUAAGCGUGUGUCUAAUGACAAAUAAGUCACUUAGGGAUAACACAUACCUCCAAAUUGCCUGGUUCAAGCAUUCAGGGUUCACCUGGAAUGUUUCAACUUCUAGUAGGACUCAAAAUAUGCCCUAAUUAUCACUAGGAAUUCUGUAACGGGAUAAAACAUCGAGGCUCUGUGCAUUCUUACUUUCCUCACCACCCCCAAUGCAAUGUGCUGUUCAUAAAUAGUUUCCUUAGAAUAGCAGAGAAGGCAGUAAUGUUACCUAAGACUUACUCAGACUGUGACAAAGGAGGCCAAGAAAACUGAAUUAAUCUGUAAAUCAUAAACAAAGCUGAACAGGGUGUUGUUUAUAGGAUGAGGGACAGGAUUAUUGCUUAAUAUGUGAAAGCAGCAGCACGCCUAUCCAUUAAUUUCUUUAUAUACCAAUAUGUUCUCAUAUUCUUUAUAAAGUCUUAAAUUCUCUUGGAUAAAGAAAUUAAGGAUAAAAAAGGUCUGUGUCGAGUAGACAGAUGCCCAUUAAUUUUAUUCCUAAUUUCCUAGUUAAUCUUACAUCUUGGAUACAAAUUCUCAGAUAACUAUUAUAACUGAUGCUUUUCCUCUCUUACUAGUAUUUUCUUUUACUGUUUUAUCCAGGGAUAAAUGAUUACACUUAUUGUUUGUGAAAUUAGAACCUUGUAAUUGAGGAAAAUGAUCUGCUAAACACCUUUGUGUGGAUCAGAUUAAAAGCGCAAUAGGGAAAAGGCAAUGAUUAAUCCAAAGAAAAGAAACUACAGAAUUUCAUGCACUGUAAAUUAAUACCUGUGUAAAGUUAACCUGGGCAGAGAAGUACUUUAGCUAGCCCCUCCUAUCACCAUCACAUAGCUUACCACUUAUUCUAUUUUGCAAAUAGGAGGCACUCAAAUAUUUGCUCGGGGAAAGUCAUCCCUGAUCAUACAAAGAUCACACUCGAGCAAUCUCUCUCCAACACAGCAUGCACUAACUAAACUUUAGAAGUUCACUGUUAAAAACUUUACACUGUAUUAUUUCAAGUUGCAGAAAGUGUAAACUUAUUUUUUUCUCUCUCAACCUUACAGGGGCUGUUUAGAAAGGUAUGGCCAAAUCUGUAACCCAGAAACAAAAAAGACUUCUUAGCAAAGGAUCACUGAGUACCCUUUGGACAUUUUUUUCCCCCAAACAGAAGGGAGUGCCAGGGACUUGGCAAGCAAUUCACCCUGGAAAGUUACAAAUACUGCCUGACCUGUUUAAAAAGAUUCUAGGCCUGGCUGGAUGCAGAACACCAUCAGUCAACUCUGAGCUGGAUUCCAUUUCACAGGCUGCUGGUACUGAUCUCAAUGCACUGAGAAACGGAAAAAUGAGCUUCCUGUCCUCCAGCAGCAACGCUCACAUGCAGACUGCGGAAAAGAUGAAUGUACGGACACAUCUUAUAGUAUUGUGAAGAAUCUAUCUUGCCUUGUGUUGACCCAAACCAAAAACAUUUUUUUGGAGCACAGAUGGGGUGAAAAAGGCAGCCGAUUUUCAUUAUAUGGGUUCACAAUUUGAAUUAUUUUGUGCAAUGAGUGUUAGAAUUUAAAUGAAUUCUUUUACAAAAUUUACUUUUCUUUAAGUCUAUGCUCACUCAUACAGUUUACUCUUAAUUGUGUCAAGAUAAUUCUCACCAUACUCUAGAAGAACUACUGACUUGGGAAAAAAGAACCAAUCCAGAUUUGAACCUAAAGGUUACGGAUUUUCAGAUUUCUGCAAAGAUAUUACCUAAUGAAAAUGAUUUGGGGUCCGAGUGAUCUACUCAGUUCAACUGAGUGAUUAGCAAAGAACCAGGCGUUUUACCUGGUUAUGGCACUUGGCGACAAAGGCUAUCAAGAGCCUAUUAUUUCUAACGUCUAAGUACAGGCUCUAGUGAAACACAUACUGCGGAGAUUCAACCUCUCUGAGAGAAAAGGUUCAAACACCUUUUCCAAGUUUAAAUUUUGCCUUAAGUUCUUUCUGCCACAUUGCCUUUGAGAAUAUUGAAAGUCCAGGUAGUUCUCUAGGGAUGGACUUCACAAAGAUGUUAUUUUAUCAAAGACCAGCCUGAGCACCUCUGACUCAGUGUUUUAUGUCUUCCGCUCCCCCGGGAA